GAACGGUCUGCAGAGAUUCCAGAGUUCUCUCGAGUGACUUGGACGGCCCUCCCGGACCUUCCGCGACUGACAGGGCCGACCAUACUGCCUAUUGGCCGCAGGUUUUUCCUGGAAUCUCCUACUAGCAUACUCAAGCUGGGAGUCUACGAUGGAGAGGACGUCAUGACCGCCUUUGCCCACUCCGCCCUCGGAGAGUGCGUCCCGCGCGUCAUCAGUGUCGUUGCGCUUUCGCUCGAAACUACCGACGCCACACAGCCUCCUUGCGUACAGAAGGGCCUCAUCCUCACACUCAAACCAGGAAAGCCGCUUGAGGAAAUCUGGCCGUCGCUCUCCUCGCCGCAGCGUGAGACGGUCAAGUCGCAGCUCUGCGACUUGCUCUUGCGCCUGCGCGCGCGGCAAUACGACUAUUACGACCGCCCCGGCCGCAAGCCCUACGUGCUGUAUUUCAUGACCGGGCCGAGGACAUACACAUGCUGCACCUCCCGCGCGGAGUGGGACGAGUCGCGUCUCUGCGCAUUGCGCGCCCCGGAGGGUGUGCCCGUGGAUCGUGUGCCGCUGCUGGGGCAGGUGCAGCGCGAAACCCGCGGCGCCGACGGCUGGGACCGCCCUGUCCUCACCCACGGCGACCUCUCCGACCGCAACAUCAUCGUCGACCCAGACACGCUCGCGAUCACGGGCCUGAUCGACUGGGAGCGGGCGAACAUCAUGCCAGCGUACUUUGAGUACGUUGCCGCGCAGUUGAUGGGCGGACACGAGCCCGAGUGGAGGGAAGAGCUGCUCGAGGUCCUCAAGACGGUCCUGCGUCGGGAGUGCGAGGCGACGUGUAGCGAGGAUGGAGACUUAGGGGUGGAGGCGAGGUACAUGAAGACGAUGGCAGCUUGGGAU